AGCAUCACUGGCAUAGAGCACAACAGACUCGUGGACUCACUAGAAAAAUAAUGGAUGGAAAAGCAGAUGUGAAGUCUCUCAUGGCGAAGUUUAACACUGGGGGCAACCUGACAGAGGAGGUCUCGAUUGGCAGUCGACCCUUCAAAGCAGGAGGACAUCCUACCUCUUCAGGAAUACAAGCAAGGAAAAGUGUAUUCACCCAUCAAGGAAAUGACAGCCCACCUCCAGGGCCCAACAAUUUAUCAAAGUUUGGGACUCCAAGGCCUCCUUUGGGAGUAAAGCCUUCAUUUGAGGAGAAAACCGACAAGGAUCCCAAACCCCCAUAUCUGAAACCUACUGGAGUAGGUCAGAGAUUUGGGACUCCAGCAAGCUCAGCUAACAGGGACCUGGAGGGAAAAUUGGGAUUUCUGAAACCUGUAGGUGCCAAACCAUUUGACCAGCCAAAAGAAGAGUGCAAGCCUGUGUUCCCAAGGCCCUCUGGGAACAAACCAUUGCUUCAUGCUGUCAACCAAGAGAAUGACUCAAAAGUUCCCGGCCAAAAGCCUGUUUUCAAUGCCCCAGCAGAAGAAAAUGAAGCUAAACCAGUGUUUCCAAAGUUGGCUGGAGCUAAAGGAAAAUUCAUCACUCCUUCGCAAGACCACGAUCCCAAGCCCCCUUACUCCAAACCAGCAAUUGGACAGAAACCAUCUCUCAAUGCAGAUACCUCCCACGAUGACCAGAGCCCCAACAAAAGCACAUUUCCGCAGAAGGGGCCUGCGUCUGUCCCUCCUUCCAAGCCCAAAAUCAGCCCUUUUAAGCCAACCAGGGAAGAUACAGAAAACAAAGACCAUGGGACAGACCCCCCAAAUAUGCCUUUCCCUGGUGUGACUCUGAAAUCUGUUACCAGCAGAAGUACCCCAGGCUCAGCCCUAAGCUUUCCUAAAAAUACUGAAGAGAAAAAGGAAGAAAGGAAGAUAGAUGCGGCUAAGAAUGUAUUUAUGAGUAAAAUGAAUCAGGAUGACUCUGGCUCAGGUGCCACUCCACCCAAGUUCCCAAAACCACCUUCCAAGCUGACAGUUGGAGGGCCUUGGAACCAAAGUCAAGAGAAGGAAAAGGGAGAUAAGAAUUCUACCACCCCUAAACAGAAGCCCUUGCCUGCACUAUUUACCCUGGGUCCAGCCCCACAGAAACCUAGCAGACCGCCUACUGUUGACCUGGCGAGAUUCCGAAAGGCCAGUCCUGCAAACAUUUCCAACAAAGGAACAAUGCCUUAUUCUGUGACCACACCACCUCCACCUCCUCCACCAGCACAUCCUGCCUCUCAACCAGCCCCUCCAGCCCCUUACCCAACACAACCACCAGUUCCAAGUCUACCUCCCAGAAAUAUCAAAAUUCCCCCUGAGGCAAAUAGUUCAAUAAGUGAAGAAAAUUAUGAUGAUGUUGAUAUGCAAUCCAAUGAUUUUGGAAAUCCAGAUGAGGAUCAAGACAGCAAUGGAGAAACAUAUGAAGACAUAGAAACAACAAAAGAACGAGAGAAGAAGAGGGAUAAAGAAGAGAAGAAAAGACUAGAGCAGGAGAAGAAAGAACAAAAGGAGAAGGAAAAAAAGGAGCAAGAGAUCAAGAAAAAGUUUAAACUAACAGGUCCUAUUCAAGUGCUUCAUCAAGCUAAGGCUUGCUGUGAUGUCAAAGGAGGGAAGAAUGAGCUGAGUGUCAAGCAAGGAGAAGAAAUUGAAAUAAUCCGCAUCACGGACAACCCUGAAGGAAAAUGGUUAGGCAGAACCUCCAGAGGCACAUAUGGCUAUAUUAAAACAACAGCAGUGGAGAUCGACUAUGAUUCCUUGAAAAGAAAGAAAAAUUCAAUGAGCACUCUUCCAUUGAGACCUGUGGAAGACGAUCAAGAACUGUACGAUGACGUUGCUGAACAUGGCAGCAUUAGCAGUCAUAGUCAAAGUGGAAGUGGAGGAAUGUUUCCAACUCAGGAUGAUGAAAUUUAUGAUGGUGUUGAAGAAGAAGAAGAUAAUGGCUCCACGCUACAGGGCGAAGAGAAGAGUAAUUCGUGGACCUGGGGGAUUUUGAAGAUGUUAAAGGGAAAAGAUGACAAAAAGAAAAGUAUACGAAAGAAAUCUAAAGACACUGAGUCAGACAGUAAUGAAGACAUAGCUUUCCCUCCUCCCCCAAAGCAGCUUGGAUUGGAUGUAGGAGAUGAAGUCUAUGAUGAUGUGGAUGCAUCUGACUUCCCUGCUCCACCAGUAGAUGUCAGCCUAGGAGUGAACUUUGGCAAAAGCAAAUCAGAAGACCCAAAGAAGCUGAAAAAGCAAGAAAAAGAAGAAAAGGAAUUCAAGAAAAAAUUCAAAUUUGAUGGUGAAAUUAGAGUCCUCUAUACAACUCAAGUGGUGCCUACCUUAAGUUCUAAAAAAUGGGGAGCCAGAGAUUUACAGUUGAAGCCUGGAGAAUCUCUUGAAGUCAUACAAAGCACAGAUGAUACAAAAGUACUGUGCAGGAAUGAAGAAGGGAAAUAUGGUUAUGUCCUUCGGAGCUGUUUGGUGGACAAUGAAGGAGAGAUCUAUGAUGAUAUUGCUGAUGGUUGCAUCUACGACAAUGACUAGUAGCUCUCCACUUUAGUAGCUGUCUCCAUUAGAUCCUAAUCUGCAUUUUCAGUUUUAGUUUUCAUAUUAUUAAGGUGUAACAGCAGAUAAUGAACAAAAUAUACUUUGCUAUCACUCAUUUGUUACUAAAUUACAAUUAUCAACAUAAAGAACUGGAAAUCGGAGACCCUUUUUAGUUAAGUUUAUACUGAACAAACAUCCCAGAGGGGUUCAUUGAUAAGGCUAUGUACAUGCUUCUUCUACCACAGUCAUGAAGGAGCUUUUUUAGGGGCUACCUGCUCAGUACUUUUAAGGAUACAUACGGUUCUCUGAUAAGAAGUUGCUGGACUUAAGUGACAACACAUUUGGUAAAGGAGCAUAAAAUGGGAAACAUGUCAUGAGAAGGACACCCAUGACAUUCACUUAUGAUCUAAAUCAAGAAAACAAAUAUAAAUUGGCAUCCGAGAAGGCAAUUCCUCCACUUUAAAAACUCUUCUAAAAGUCUGCUAAAAUUAAAUUAUGUUCAUAGUACGUUUUGUACUUUAAAUUUGCAGAAUGUCUUGUCUAUACUUGCUAAUUUGGAAUGCAUAUUAAUUAUUUGCUAGAGAGUUUAAGUUAUAAUUUGUGUAUUUUUGUACAGUCAUCUAAGAUAAAUGAUAUGAAAGAUUCUUUGAAACCUAGCUCUUAGCUGAUUUUCGACAUACAAAUAAGUUGAUUCUGUUCGUUAUUUAAAGUGAUGUUAUCUGAGAGGUAACAUGGACCUGAACUUUGUCUAAAUAUAACCAUAAUGUUAUGAAUAAUGGUCUAUGAACAUUCCUAUUUUUAUUCCAAAUCUGUUAGAAAGGCUUUAAAACUAUAUUCAACACCUUUACCGGUAAGAAUUUUUCUUUGCCAGCAGGGGGAGUACAGACAAACACACUGCUAGAAAGAUGUCCCUUAUUUAGUCAUACUUCAAAGGCAAGCCAGAGCCAAAACCAAGGACUAUAUAUUUAGCUUCAAUUAAGGAAAACAAAUGUGUAAAUGGACAUGAAAAAUUGCAAACUUUUUUAUGGCUUCUAAAAGUAGGAUCAUUCCACAUUUAAUAUUGUGGAAAAGGUCAGGAUUCCUCAUAUCUACCCAUGGUCCUCUUGCCUAUAUAAACUUACCUUUAUAAAGGGAGGACCUUUAACCUCCCUGAUACUUCAUUUUCUUAUCUGCCAAUUUAGAAUGUCAAACUAUAUAAUUUUUAAGGUCCUUGCCUUUCAACUGUUGAAUUUCUUUUAGGAUUAUAAAUAUGUGGCCAGAACUUGUUUGUCUUUUUCACAAUUUGGUAGUAUAUUGGUAAUAUAGAGUAGGCACUCAAUUUUUAUUGUUUUGCAGGGGGUAGGAAGGGGAGUGACUUAUUGAUUAGUACACAAUGGCUGUUGAAUUUAUGCCAUCUUGUUUAUUUUUCAAGUGUACCAUGUGGCUAUCAAAGAAUUCCAAAUAGAUCCAUUUUCUCCUCCCAUUUUUUCCUAUCUCUCCUUUCUGAGGCAAUGCUGAAUAAAUCUAACCCUUCUUCUCUAUGACAGCACUUUAAAUACUUGGAGAUAAUUGUUAUAUAUUCCAAAGUUGAUUCUUUGCUAUGUUAGACAAUACCAGUCCUCCUAACCAAAAAAUUUUUAAGGUUUUGUACAGGAAACUACCCCUCCAAAGGGUUGGUCUGGGUGCUUCCACACAGAGUGAAAAUUGUAUGCACACAAAUUUGUAAAAAAAAAAAAAAUGAUAAUAAUUCUAUAAGAAAGAUAAUCUUAACUCAACAAAAAUGUAAAAAUAUUCUAAAUGUUUCAAAUGUUUUAAAAUUAUAUCUUUUGUAGCCUGACAGAUGAAAUUUUGAUGUGUGUGAUAAGAGAGCUACCAACAAUGUAUUCUGAAAAAUUCUCUAGUUUGGGAGGAUUUUAAUUGUUUCACAAAUCAUCACACAUUAAUGACACAGACUACUGAAGCCAAGGAAAUAACUUUUUCCUUAUUAUAAAUAAAAGUAUGUAUUCACAGGGAUGGCACAGGAGAAAUAUCUACUUACAGUGGAAAGAAAUAUUGCCUCCAAUAAAUUUCUUAGAAAUACCUUAUAAAAUAACUUUUGACAAUCGAAUAAUACCAAAACCCUAUUGUUCCAGAUCUGACAACAAGCCUUUGGGUUAUGACCUCCGCUGGUAUGGGUUGCAUUUAUGAACCUUUCAUUCAAAGUUGCCCCUGUGCCCUAAAAAAAAGAGAUUUUAAGCAACUAUAUUUUUGUAUUCCUCCUUAUGAUGUCUUAAUUUAGAUGAAUUUUUAAAAAGAAUAUAAUGAUAUACUUUACUUUAGAAGGCCAGGAUCUAUUCAAAAUCAGAUAAGACCUAUUUUAGAGAAAGCAAAACAUGAAAUAACUUAUUCCAAGGUAAUGAUUUGUCUUAGUCUGGCAAAGCAUAAAACCUUGAAACUUUGGUUCUCAUUCUUGAACAAUCACACCACUCCUGAAGCAUACAUUAGUAUUGGAUUUUUAAAAAACAGAAUUUAAAAAUUGAAUGAAAAAAGGCAUUCACUUCGUUCUGGAUUUCUAGAUGAAUAAUGAUUGUUUUGUUCUAAAAUCUUGGAAGAAUAAUAUGUGCAAAUGUAAUUCAAAAUAAAGCCUGUUUUUAACUCUAA